UACGUGUGGAGCACCAUUUCGGUUCAACCAAUGCUGCUUUGAUGAUGACCGGUUAUAUCCGGUCAUAAAUAAACCUUUGACUUUUCUUAAAUUGCAAAAAAAAUAGCCAUAAAAAGUUCCUUUCAUUUUUUUGCUCCGAUCUGUGUUAACCACACGCUUUCUAUUUUGCUUGUGCCCAACUCCUCCGCCGACCCAUCGGAAUUUAUUACUCCAAUCUUCCGGAUCAAAAGAAAUGGAGUUCUUCUUCAGAACACAGAGUGAGGAGACAUCUGGUUGCUCCUUCAAUGGCCAGGACCUUCAAAGAUGCCCCUUCUUGAGUAACAUCAGCAAGCCAACAAACUUUUCCCUCUUUUCUGCUUUGAACUUUCCCAACCCUGUAAAGGGAGGUAAAGGUCCAAUUUUUGAAGAUGGCCCCAACUUCGAUAUGGCAUUUAAAGUCUUCCAUGGAAAAGAUGGGGUUGUCCCACUUUCUGGAAGAUCUCAAUUUUCCAAUGACAACACGGAAGUAGAGUCUGCCCCUCAAUUUCAUCCUUUAGCUGCAAAAGCUGCCACCAUAAGUUUGUCAUCAUUCGGAACAGGAGGUCCUUUUAGUUUUGAUUCCUUCUCUCGGAAGUGGAAUUCACAGAAGAAGAAGCCAGAAUCAUCCAAAAAGAAAAAACCUUCUUCUCAGGACAAAUCCACUAAUCAUGAGGCAAUGGGAAAUGAGUGGUUGGAGUCAGGAAACUGUCCUAUUGCCAAAUCUUAUAGAGCUGUCAGCGGUGUUCUCCCACUUGUGGCGUCAGCUUUUCAGCUGCCUCCAGGAAUGAAGCUCAAAUGUCCACCUGCAGUUGUUGCAGCCAGGGCUGCCCUCGCUAGGACUGCUUUUGUCAAGACUGUGCGGCCGCAACCACUGUCUUCAAAGAUGCUUGUUAUUGGAGCCUUGGGAAUGGCAGCUAAUAUUCCACUAGGCAUAUGGAGAGAACACACUGAGAAGUUCUCACUAGCAUGGUUUACUGCAGUCCAUGCUGCUGUUCCCUUCAUAGCUAUGCUGAGGAAGUCAGUUGUGAUGCCAAAAACAGCUAUGGCAUUAACCAUUGCUGCUUCUAUCCUGGGACAGGUCAUUGGCUCAAGAGCAGAGCGACUUCGAAUGAAAGCAAAAGCUGGGUGUGUUAAAUUGGUAGCAGAGACUGUCUCAGAUGGGGUUAGUGCAGAGACUGGCACAGAUGGUGUUGUGGCAGGUCUCAACUCAAUCCAGGUCAGUGGUGUACCGGGGGUUCAUUGUGGCACACAGGGGAUGCUUAAAGACCAACCCUCGAGAGAACCUGCCAAUACUAUCUCCCCGUCUGCCAGUCUUUGUUAUUAGAACUGGAUUUAAGCAGUAGAUCUAUAAUGCUGCAAAUAAGAGGAGGUGUUGACCUUGCCACAGAGAGCAAGAGAUUUAAUAGUAAUAUGCAUUAUUACAUGUUUAGUGUUUGUAUAAGCUUUAUGUAAAGGACAAAUAUUUCUGUGACCUCUAUGGUCCGAGCGUUGCAGAAUCCUCAAAUACAAUGUGUACUAUUGGAUGGAACCUCUAUUAAUAAUAUAUGAAUCCAUCAUGUUCCUACA